UACGCGGGGAGAACCGCUUUGAGCGUGGGCUCCGCGGUUUCAUUUGCCUGGAUGCCGGGGGAAGGCGGAGUAUCAGUUUUGGCCCCUUUCUUUUCGACCCUCUCCAUUUUUUAUUCCCGCUUACUGUUUCCCCACUUAAUUUUUUCUUCUUUUCUACCCUCCCUUCCCCUGUAACUUUUCUUUCUUUCCGUUCGCUGCUCUGCUCUGCGCUGUUCCCGUUCAUUCAUUUUCCUGUUCUCCGGGUCUUGCUUCACCUCGGCUGUUUUCCUUCCUUCUGUUAGACCACGUGCUCUGGCCUUCUUGCCUGCCCGCCUGCUCUGCUCUGCUCGCCUCGCCUCGCCUCGCCUCCCGACCUGUGUGGGAGGGGGAGAGCUAAACCCCUGGAUGGAGGCAGACGCUGGGAGCAGCUGAGGAUGUGGAGGAAACAGCUAGGUGUACAACCUACCUUUGGCAUUCUGUUUGAUAUUGAUGGAGUAUUGGUACGAGGAAGGACACCCAUUCCUGCUGCCCGAAAAGCCUUUCAAAAACUACUUAAUUCUCAGGGACAACUUUUGGUGCCUGUAGUAUUUGUUACCAAUGCAGGAAACUGUCUUUGUCAGAAGAAAGCAGACCAGCUGUCCCAUCUUCUUGAAGUUCCAAUUUCCCAAGACCAAGUUAUGAUGUCCCACAGUCCUUUGCGAAUGUUCAAACAUUACCAUGACAAAUGUGUGCUUGUAUCAGGACAAGGCCCACUCCUUGACAUUGCUAAGCAUCUUGGAUUUUGUCAGCCUAUUACAAUUGACAUGUUGCGAGAAACCUAUCCCUUAUUGGACAUGGUGGAUCAUGACAGAAGACCUAACGUUUUGCAUUCACCCACAGUGGAAUUCCCCAAAAUUGAAGCAGUUAUUUUGUUUGGUGAGCCGGUGAGGUGGGAAACCAACCUACAAUUAAUAAUAGAUGUUCUUUUGACAAGUGGCUAUCCUGGAAAUCCUUAUCAGGGAACUUAUCCACAUAUUCCUGUAUUGGCUUGUAAUAUGGACUUGAUGUGGGCAGCUGAAGCCCAAUCUCCAAGAUUUGGGCAUGGAACAUUUAUGGUUUGUUUGGAAAAUAUUUAUAAGAAGAUCACUGGCAAAGAAUUGAAAUAUGAAGCUUUGAUGGGAAAGCCUAGUGAACUGACUUAUCACUAUGCAGAGUACCUCAUUAGGACUCAAGCAUCUGCAAAGCAAUGGAAGAGCCCUAUUCAAACUUUGUAUGCCAUUGGGGAUAACCUGAUGACAGACAUUUAUGGUGCUAAUCUUUACAACCGCUACCUUGAAGAGAGGACCUCCAGAAGAGGUUCCAAGGCACGUGUCCAGGCCAAAGCGCUGGGUGGCGCAAGAUCCACCACAGUUUCUCAGGAAGAGGAGUUUGAGAAUUCUUGGGAAAAUGAACUUGCAUCAGCAACUGCCAAAAGCUGUAGAUCUGUCCUUGUUUGCACUGGAGUUUAUAACCCUCAUACAGAGGUGCCUUCUGAUACAAGGGAGAACAUUACUGAGACUGUCUUUCAUGGGCACAGAGAUUUCAGAUUUGAUCCUGCUUUAGUAGAACCAAACCACAUAGUGUCAGAUGUUGAAGCUGCUGUUGAUCUAAUCUUCCAACUGGAAAACUUUGCACCACAUGAAAACUGCAGGACUUCCUAAUGAUUUGUGUGAUGUUGUUAUAUUCCUUUUCUUUCUGUAAAACGAAGAGGAGUACUUAAUAUUGACCUGACUAAUGUUUUUAUAAGUAACAUAUCUAAUACAUUCCUAAAAGAACAGAACAGCACACCGCUUUAUAUCUGUUUUCUGUGUCCUGGUUUAUUUUAGUGACCAACACGGUUAUGAAUUGUACUUUCCUCUGAUUUUUUUUCUGUGUACUGACUUCACUCCUAGGUCAGAGAUCCCAGUUUCCUGUUUAGAUUAUUGAUGUUAAACAUUAGGUGUGUUUGGCAGUCAAAACUGCAAAACAAGCAUGCUACUAAACUCCAUACAUUGUAUUAAAUGUCUCCUCUCCCAAGGAAUUAAAAUGUACCCAUCUGUA